ACAUCCUCUUCUUUCCGACCACAACUCCGUCCUCAGCCUGUCCACUGUCGCUCGCCAGCACGAAGCAACGAGAGAUCUGCGCUCACACACCGCUGCUUUGCUGCCUGGAGAUUGAGGAACCGUCACGGAACGUCGCACAUAUCACUGUCGAUUCCGGGGUCCUAACGCUGCCCGCCAUGACCUCCGCCAUGGACACCGAGAGUCCUGCGAAGAGGCUAAAAUCAGAAGGCCCUUCUGAAGUUGCCCCUGCCGCCCACACUGUGCGGUAUCCUGAAAAGCCAGCCGCCAUCGAAGAGCGUAACGGCAUCAUCGAAUUCCGCGUUGUCAACAACGACGGCAAGCCGGAAAGCACCAUCAUCCUGACCGGUCUAAAAUGCAUAUUUCAGAAGCAACUGCCAAAGAUGCCAAAGGACUACAUAGCGCGAUUAGUUUAUGACCGAACGCACCUUUCCAUAGCCAUUGUCAAGAAGCCGAUGGAGGUUGUGGGAGGCAUAACAUAUCGACCGUUCAAGGGAAGGCAAUUUGCCGAGAUCGUGUUCUGUGCCGUGUCAUCAGAUCAGCAGGUCAAAGGAUAUGGCGCACAUCUAAUGAAUCAUUUGAAAGACUACGUAAAGGCAACGUCGGACGUAAUGCACUUUCUCACCUAUGCAGACAACUACGCGAUUGGUUAUUUUAAGAAGCAGGGUUUCACCAAGGAAAUCACUCUCGACAAGCGCAAAUGGAUGGGGUACAUCAAAGAUUACGAAGGCGGCACUAUAAUGCAGUGCACUAUGAUCCCUCGCGUUCGCUACCUCGAAGCCGGCCGCAUGUUGGUAAAGCAAAAAGAGGCCGUGAUGGCCAAAAUCCGCUCUGUCUCCAAGUCGCACAUCGUUCACCAACCUCCCGCAGAAUGGAGAAACGGAAACAUAAAACCAAUCGACCCCAUGUCCAUACCCGCCAUCAAAGAGUCUGGCUGGUCUCCAGACAUGGACAUGCUGUCUCGCGCACCUAAGCAUGGCCCCAACUACAACGCGCUCCUUCACCUCCUGAACGACAUGCAGAAUAAUACGAAUGCAUGGCCGUUCCAGCAGCCUGUCAACAAGGACGAGGUGCCCGACUACUAUGAUGUCAUCAAGAACCCGAUGGAUCUUGGUACCAUGGAGGAAAAGCACGAGCAGGAUCAGUAUCCUAACCCAGAAGAUUUCAUCAAGGACGCGCUGCUCAUUUUCAACAACUGCAAAAAGUACAAUAACGAGACAACGCCGUACGCGAAGGCUGCAAAUCGUCUCGAAAAGUUUAUGUGGAGCAAAAUCAAAGAGGUUCCAGAGUGGAGCCACCUGGAGCCGGAUCAAUUUAAGGAAUGAUUGGAUAGGAGUGACCAUUUUCUUGAUUCUGCAUGUCUGCUGCACGGACUUAUUUCCCUGGUAGAGACUCUGAAUGAAACUGUUCGAUGCCGGUUGACAUUCUGGAAAAAUAAGUACAACCAACGAACACUGGGUCCUUGUAGGGCUGGAUUUAUGGACAGAAUUUUCAAGCCAAUAUCAGCGAAUCUCGUGAUCGACCAUGUCGAAUUUGUAGAUUCCUGAACCCUGCUACUCUCGCAUGGAACAAGAAAUUACAGACUGCCUUAAGAGCUGGCUUCUUGUUACAAGAACGCAUGGAUUUGCAAGACGUUAGUCUGCAAUCCGUGCCGCUUGUACUCGAAGGAUGAAAAAGGCCGAAGAACGGGUGAAAUGAGCUAUGAAUGAUGAUCCGUAAACGUGCCACACGACAAAGGUUUCAAGCAGCAACAGACCAUCGUGACCUGAGGAGAAUAGCUGAUACCUAUUUUGCGUGUUUGAUUCCCAUAACGGACAAGUGGGCCGUGUCGGAUCAUCAGAGAGCAAUGGGUGAAACACAAUAACUAUGAUCUGUAAGGGAUAUGACCAAUAUAUAGACUCCUAGUUAGAGAGAGGAUACGAUGCUGAUUCCACUCAAAUGACGAUUUUUGCCCGAUAACAUCGGCAGGAGAUAUCGAUCAAGAAUAGGACUUAGCACAUCGUGAUGACUAUGUCAUUCCUUGCAAGAACAUUGGACAAAACAACAAUGAAUGCAACUGAUCAGUAUAUGUGUAAAUCGCGGUUAUGUAUGAAGUUUGUGAAAAUGACUUUGUUAAGUCCCAC